CGCGGGGCUUGCCGGGACCGGGGAGAGAGGUGUCCCGCCUACCUCGCUCUGCUGCCGGGCUAGCUCCGCGUCCGGCGCCUCCUGCUCUCGCUGGUAGCUGUACUCGGGAGGCACGGCACCUGCCCCGGCAUCUGCAUCCGCCCCGGCGCCGCCUCCGCCGCGGGGGCUCCGCGAGGCUGCGCGGGCGCUGCGGUCGGUGCCGGUGGGGCCGGGCUGCCGCUCCGCCCGGCGAUGAGGGGCACGGACUGGUGCCGGGGCUCGGCGGGGGCCGACGUGCUGCUGGCCACCUCCGGCGACGAGCAGCACCCCGCGGCGAGCGUGGCCGAUGGGCGUUCAGAAACUUUUUGGAUGACAACAGGGAUGUUCCCACAGGAAUUCAUUGUUGGUUUUCCCAAAUGCAUCAAAAUCAGCAAAGUCACAAUCCAGUGUUAUUUGGUGCGGACCUUAAGGAUUGAAAGAAGUGUAUCGAAAGACCCAGUAGAUUUUGAACAGUGCGUUGAAAAAGAUUUGCAACACACGGAAGGACAAGUUCAAAUGGAGGAGUUUCCGCUUCCUGAUCUCCAAGCCACUUACUUGCGUUUCAUCAUCAAAUCUGCCUUUGACCACUUUGUGGCGGUGCACCAGGUGACAGCAGAGGGCACAGCAGAAAACACUUAAAUCCAGCUUAAAUUUGUACCUGUUUUUUAUAUAUAUAUAUAUAUAUAUAUAUAUAAAGAAGUUAUCUUUUGAUACCUGUAGCACAUAGAAUAUUUAUUAUUAAAACCUUGU